GAAAUUAUACAGAAUGCUGACGAUGCCUGUGCCACAGAGGUCAAGUUCUAUUUAGAUUGCCGUGUAUUACAAACACUCCCACCAUCACUAUUAUCAGUUGUGUGUUCAGAAGCAAAUCAGGAGGUGCUAUCACAACAGUUCACUGGACCUGCACUCCUUUCCUAUAACAAUGCUCCUUUCAGGAAAGAAGACCGGGAGAGCAUACAGAGUCUUCAGCAGAGCGGCAAAGCUAAGAAUCCACACAAAGUUGGAAAGUUUGGAAUUGGAUUCAAUUCUGUGUAUCACAUUACUGACCUCCCAGUUAUUCUCAGUCAAGAUUACUGUGGAUUCCUAGAGCCACAAGAAUCAGUUUGGAAAGGAGAAUCAGGUAAAGGCUAUUAUCUGGAGAAUCUUAUUGAUGAAUGUCCUGAAGUACUGGAACCCUUUGAUGGCAUUUGUGGUUUCUCUAAAGAAUCAACACAGUAUAAUAAUAAUACCUUAUUUAGAUUUCCACUGCGUAACAAAGCCUCAAAAUUAUCUAGUGAAGUCUAUGAUAUAGACAGGCUUCACAAAUUGCUUGAGUCUCUUAAAGAAGAGGCACAAUAUUUACUUGUUUUCCUUCGUUCUGUUUGCUCCAUUGAAAUAUUCAAAAUCACUGAGAGCAAUGUCACUGAACCACUGUUUAAAGUGAGUGUAAGUGAAGCAGAUUUUGGUUCCCGAUUAAAGCAACAGCGACGGUUAGUUAGUCAAGUUGAAUCAAUAUUUUUAGGUGAAUUAUCACGCACUGUAGGCCAGUUGGUUAAUGAUACUUCGCAUUUUCACAUUCACAUAUCUAUUAAUGGUAGAUUCACAUCUGAGCACGAGUGGCUAGUAGUGAAUCAGGUGGGCUCUAAAGAUGAUGAAGUAAUGCAUCUUGCAGAGAAGCAGCGUGUACUUCCUUGGGUAGGAGCAGCUGUUGAUUUGAAAACGAGUUGUUCAGCUGGACGAAUCUUUUGCGUAUUACCUUUACCUGUAGAGGAUCGAGCCCCAAUGUGUAUUCAUGUGAAUGGUACAUUUGCUGUUAGCAGUAAUCGUCGCUCGUUGCAAUGGGAGGCCACAAGAAAGGAAAGGAGAUGA